UAGUGUUUUCACGUCAAGUCAAUAGCUUUGUUUUUUUGCUCGUUGUAUGGUUUAUAAAAAUUUAUUACUGUACUUUUAGUUUUAUUGUAAAUAUUAAUAAUAGUCUGUUUAUAAAAAUGACUUUAGUCUUACGAAAGUAUUUGUUGUCAAAAAAUAACGCAUUAACAUAUAACAUGUGCAAUGCGUUUCGUCGUACCUUUAGCGGCGACAGGAGUAAUGAUACCGAGUUUAUCAGCAGUACGAUUUUAGUUGAGAACGGUUUUAAUGUUCAAGAGCUGCCUGUUGUAGUGAGAAAAUGGAAAAAUGUGGAACUAGAAGAGCCGGACCUUCAGGUCUCUACGAAGAGUAAAAACGAAUCAAUAAGUUACCAACUUAUUCAAGCAGAGUUCAGACAAUGUGUGGAUCUUCGCGACGUUUUUUCUUUGCUGUCAAAAUGUACCAAAAUAACCCCAAAUAUUGCUCUUGGUGCUAUGGAGAGAAUACAAUAUCUGGAAAAUAAUCCUAGUGGGAUAGAUAAGGAAUCAAAAAAUAUGCACAUCAAUUUGGCAAAAGGAGCUAUUUUAGAUAAGUUAAUUAAAGUUGUUUUAAAAACAGAAGACACUCAGACAAUACUGAAUAUCAUACAAUCAACUUCUUUAUUCAUGGAACCCUAUAAAUCUAAGUUUUGUGAUGAACUUCUCUUUCGAACACUUGAUAAUAAACUAGAUGUAGAACAAAUUUGUACGUUCCUUACGUUUCUUAUUGAAAAUAAGACUGUCCCACAGUAUUCUACAACUAUUGACAAACUAUGGGUUGGUUUCAUUCAGAGAGAAGGAGAUAUAAAUGAAGAAAACAUUGGUCAAAUCUUCUCUAUUUUGUCUGGGUUGAAGGUAUUUUGAACCAUUGCAUGCAAUUCCAUAUCCGAAGUGAACAAAUAUUGCAAGCUUCAAUGGAGUAUUUUUUGUUGAAUUGCACAAAUUUGCCACCAAGCUUUAUGAAGUCUUUCAUUUUUCCC